GCGGAACUGGGGCGCUGGCCGUGGCAAGGGAGCCUCCGUCGAUGGGGCGCCCACAGCUGCGGCGCCAGCCUGCUGAGCCACCGCUGGGUGCUCACCGCUGCGCACUGCUUUAGAGACGACCGAAAUCCCAAAGAGUGGACCAUCCAGUUUGGGGAGCUGACUUCAGUGCCAUCCCUUUGGAACCUGGAAGCCUACCUAAAUCGCUACCAAGUGGAUAGGAUCAUUCUGAGCCCCAGCUUCGCGGGGGUGCCUCCUUAUGACAUCGCCCUGCUGAGGCUGGCCUCCCCCGUCACCUACAAUAAGAACAUCCAGCCUGUCUGCAUCUCAGCCUCCAUGUCCAAGUUGGAGAAGUUGACUGACUGCUGGGUGACCGGCUGGGGGGACGUUGAAGAGGAGAAGAAUCUGCCGGCUCCCUAUACUCUCCAGGAAGUGCAGGUCAGCAUCAUCAGCAAAGCCAUGUGUAACCACCUGUACCAAAGAUCAGACUUCGGUGUGGCCAUCUGGGGGGACAUGAUCUGUGCUGGUGAUCCUGCAGGUGGCAAGGACGCCUGCAAUGGGGACUCAGGAGGACCCUUGGUCUGCGACCUGGAUGGGCUGUGGUAUCAGAUUGGAAUCGUGAGCUGGGGAGUGGGGUGCGGUCACCCCAAUAGGCCUGGAGUCUACACCAAUGUCAGCCAGCACGCCCACUGGAUCCAGAAGACCAUGGCCCACGAUGGCUCGCCCAGGCUAGAGCUCUCCCUGCUGCUGUUGCUCCUUACUCUGCCCUGGACUCCUCGGUGUGUGGGCCCCACCUGAGCCCACCUGACCUGGGGGCUAGAGCCAUCUGCUGAGUUAGGCUGUGAUCCUCUUCUGUCCUUUUGGUAAUAAACAUGUUGGAAUUGACCUCAGCAGAGCAGCUUCCUGUCCACCUCAAGACCCUGUGCUUGCGAGGCAGGCAGCAGCACCACUGAGCUAAAUCCCCAGCCC